AAACUCGUCUAUAAUUGGUGAAGCCCCGAGCAGCCGGUCACUACCGGGAUAGCUCCUGCGCGGUCGUUGAGGUCUCCGGGUUACCCCCGGCUCAGACACAAUGCGAUGUGUCAGCUGCCCACUUUGUGAUACUCCCGCUUCUUCACGCCGACACGGACUCCCACACCGUUCCUCUUUUUCAUAACCGAUCGGCGCUUUCUGGUUUCCCUAAUUUCACGUUUGGCCAUCUGUCAACGAUUUGGCUGCCUGUACGCAGCCAUUACUGAGCGAAUGGCGAAGGGCAUGUUAGAGGCUCACUCUCACACCGAUCCUCUCCGCGAUAGACCGGCAGCGAAACAGUUUGAGCUCGUCCAAACACUCACUGCUCUCCGAGGACGGACACUGUCGUGGUCCUGCACCGACACGGAUCCUGCACGCACAGAACUGCAUUUCAACGGAAACUCUCACCUGACAGACCCAGCUACUCCUGAGGCAUGUUGUGUUAAAGCAACACCUAUGCAGGUGGAUCCUACACUAAUGAAUGUAGGGGAUGGAGGCACGGUGAGCAGAGAGAUCAGUGCUCCAAAUAAAGCGUCUGCUAGCAUGGUGGGAAAUCCCCCCCAGACGCUCCCCCUUGAGUUCCGAGGAGAUGUUACCCUCAGUCAGCAAAACAAGACCACUCCAACAACAGACUGUAAGACAGCAAAAGCCUGCCUGGACUCUAGUAGUUACAACCACAGCUCUGAGCUUUCUGCACCUCAACACAACAAUGUACCAACUUCCUGCUCAGCUGUCACCAGCUCAGAAAAGAGAGCAGACAAGAGAGCAGAGGCUCCUAAAAUCAAAACUGACGGAGCUACGGUCGUCCCUGCUCCUCAGUGGUCAAGCGGCAUAAAAGUGAACCGAGAGGACUCAUUAAAGCCUUGUCACAGCAACAUGAUGACCAGUAAGAAAUCUAUUCCACAGACACAAUCUGUGCAAAGCGUUGCACCUGGAUUUCAGUGCUCCACCAUGUUCAAGCCAGUCCAGCCUGUUGCCUUCCUCCCUGCUACUAAUUUUUCCUCCCCACUCUGUAAAAUAACUCUUCCACCAGCAUUGGGUCAGAUUGCAGCGUUAAGAGAAGCUACGGCCAGCCAGUUUCAGAAAGAAAUCCAGCCUCAAAGCUCAGGUGUCGGAGGGACACCUCUAAUGCGGACCUAUGCCUAUCCGUUCUCUGUGGGCCGAAAUCCGGCUGCAGAGAAAAAAGCUGCAACCUCAAAACUUAAGCCUAACCAUUCAUCCAGUAAGAACACCAAAUCUGUAGCAGAGCAUUCAUCUCUAGCAUCAGUAGUAGCCUCACCAGCCAUUGCCCUACCACUGCAGCACCCGUCAUUAACUUCUGCUGCUCCCACCUGCUACACUUUGUCGCCCACUGCUGCCAUUUGCUGCGGCUCUGCAUUGGCCAGCAUCACAUCUCAAAGCAGACUGUUGAACCAUGUGGAUAAAGGAAACAGUAUAGACAAGACUACCAUGGGCCCUCUUAAAGCAUCUCCCUCUGCCUCAGAGGACAGUACUCAUUGCUCAGUGGAACCAAGGGAUGUACCUCUUGAUUUAUCUGCGAAAUCAAAACGUCCAAAAUGCCUAAACGACCCUCCAGUUACAACGAUUGAGCCUCAUAACAAUGAUUCAAAUCAGAGAGACUUUCUCAACUCAAAGAGGACUCAUUCUACCACUUAUAGCCCAGCUGUGCAAUAUCCUAUUUUACCCAACACCCACAGAAAUGGAUCCCACCAAAAGCAAAUUAAAAGGCCUCAGAAUCACCAGAUACCAGAACCCAAACCAAACUGGGGAAAGGGGCCCUCACAAGACAUUAAAAAUAUCCCUGGGACUUACGUUGGCGUUGCAAGCCCCAUCCUGGCAUCUACUCUACGUGGAAAAGACGGGAAAGGGACAUUUGCAGAUGAGUUUCAGAGUUUUGCAAAGCAGGAGUUUAUAUCUAUAAUUGAUCAAGGAGAACAUCUGGCCUCAGGAGGAAAGAAGCCAUCCUGUCUGAUGAAGGGCAACCAACAUACUCACUUAGUCAAGCCUGUUAAAAACACCAGCACAGCCAUAACUAAGAACUGUCCUUCUAAAGGCGCCCUCACAACAGCCCUGUCAGCCUCUGCGAAUGCUCAGAUUCAUCAGAUAUCUGGACCUGGUAAAACAGCAGUGCCAUACUCCAACACCAUUGUCAACCCAGCCUGGCAACAGCCGUCCCAUCUCCUGCACCAAGCCUCAUCCACUCAGAGGAAAGCCUCACAAGGAUCUCCAAAAACGAAGGGAACCACAGUUACAGAGGGGUCCAAGUUACAGAGUGCCCUUCACAGCCCGUCCAAACCUGAGGAUGAAAAGUGGGAGAGGUUGAAGUCUCCCCUGUCUAACCUUGCAUCCAUCGUAAAGCAGCAAGCUUUUGAAACUGCAGCAGUAACAGGUGAGACUAAUCCCCAAACCCCACCUGUUGGGUCUAGAAAGGCUGACGUUUUAAGUCCAAUAAUUGGCAGCCAAGACCCCCCAUUGAAACAUACUUCUUAUGAGUAUCCAUCACGCUGGUCUGUGGAGAAAUGGCAUAGUGUCCCAGCAAAAUCAGAUUCAACUCAUGCUUUGAAAAGACAUGAGCCUGAACCUGUGGAGAAUAACACUGAGUUAAACACCACUGAGGGAGAGCACAAGGGACUGAAAGUGAAGCAGGGCUCCUUAAAGCCUGCUGGCCAGUCUCAUCUCUUUGGGUGCAAUGCAUCGACAAACGGGAACAGGAUGGAGAGCAAACUGGCUCAGGUGUUAGAGGGGGACAUAUUGAAGAAAGAAAGUGGGGCGUCAGACAUUCCCAACAGAAAUGAGAAAUUAGAAGGCAUGGUCGGGUCCGUGCUUUCGGGCCAGCAUGAAGGAGUAGGAGGCGACAAGUUUGAGAAGAAAACAAAUGGAACCAAAGAGGAGUCGCCAACCAAAGCAAAGUCUGCCGCUGUCAAACAGAAGAAGAGCAGCCCGAAGAAGCCAGCGAAGGAAAAGUCACCGACGGGACCAGUGAAGAAGACUCCUGCAAAGAAGAAGCAAGAAAGCACUCCAACCAAAGUGUCCCCCAACAAGAAGCAGAAGAAACAGUGUGCACCUGUGCUGGAGCAGAGUCUGUCUGCAGGGAAACUUUCCCCUAAGAGUAAAGAGCCCACUCAGAGGGACAAGAUCAGUCCCAGCAAGGUGGACAAACAAAGCCCCAGGAAACCAGUUACAGAUAGUGACAGCAGUCCUCAGAGCGUGGAGACUCCUGCAUCUCUAAACAGCUCUAAUAUAUCCAGCAAAGAGGCUGACACCACCGAGAACUCCUUCCCCAGGCUGAGAAGAGGACGACGGCGAGCAGAUGAGGCUCGGCUCGACCUGUGGGGCUUUGCAACCCCUUCCCCUCCACCCCCACCAAUGCCUCCUCCCCGGGUGUCCCCCUCACCCCCUCGAUCUCCCACCAAGCCGGCACGCCGUCCAAGAGGGAGGCCUCGCUCCGCCCCUCUGCCAGAGCGAGCCUUUCAGGGCAAAGGCAAAAGCGGCGGUGCGGAGGGCGAGACAGCCGCUAAUAAGAAACGCCGGCGAUGUCGUAGCAAAAAGUACCAGACUGGAGAUUACAUCAUUGAGAGAGACAAGCUGGAGGACGGGGAGCACCACGAAGAGCCUGACCCCACAAGAGAGGACAGUGAAAGUCCAGCAGAUCAAGAGGAACAUCAGUGUCCUAGUCCAACUGCCUCCAGUCCAGAGCCUCCCACACGGAGACCCUCGUUCACCCGGUCGGGAUCAGUGCGUUACCAGGACAGCGAUCUGUCUCCUGAGUGCAACGACAAGCCUUCAGGGAAAAGAAAGUUCAAAAGCAAGCACUUAUGUGACAGUGAUGAGCAGAAGGUUAAGACCAAACGCAGCUGCUUGGGGAAGCGUGGCGCCUCAAUUCCCCUGGAUGAUGAGGGUGCUGAUGUAAAAAGAACAGACAGCCCCCUACCCGCUCCAAAAAGUGUGGCAUCACCUCCACCCAGCAAGAAAGCCUCAUCGGGAAAAAGCAACAGCUCAGAGUCUCCACCCAAAAGGCCCAUUCCUCCUGAAGUCCGUCGGCUGAUUGUCAAUAAAAAUGCUGGGGAGACCUUGCUUCAACGUGCUGCACGUCUGGGCUACCAGGAUGUAGUUCAGUACUGCCUUGAGAAGGACAUCAGGGAGGUCAAUCGGCGUGAUAAUGCUGGGUACACCGCUCUCCAUGAGGCGUCCUCACGAGGCUGGACACAGAUUGUCCAGAUGUUGCUAAAAUACGGGGCUGACGUCAACUGCAGCGCUCAGGAUGGAACACGGCCUCUUCACGAUGCCGUAGCCAGCGAUAACCUUUCCAUAGUCUGGUUACUUCUGAACCACGGGGCAGACCCGACCCUGGCCACGUACUCCGGACACACACCAGUCAAACUUGCACACAGCCAGAGCAUGAAGACAUUCCUUACAGAAUAUUUUACAGAUCUAGAAGGCCGUAAGGACCAGGAUCCCAGUCUACCGUGGGAUUUCUACAGCAGCUCUCUGUUUGAAACGGACCAGGAGCCGUGCUGGGAUUACUUGCUGUCGGAGCAGAAUCAGGAUCAGGAAGAGGACACGACGGGGAGGACUGAGCCGGAUUCUGACAAAGACUUCCUUCUGUUCGAGUUCUCCUCUGAGCCGCUCUUACCCUGCUAUCAUGUCCAGGUGUCGUUAACACAGGGCUUUUGUAACUGGUUCCUCCUGACCGACGUCCUGAAGCGACUGAAGAUGUCGGAGCGGAUCUUUCGAGCGAGAUACCCACACCUGGAGGUGGUGAGUUUGUCACACUCUGAGCUCUGGAAGCAGGUGUCUGUGAGCCAGGUGAGCUCCGCUUUGUCGUCGCCACCGAGAGCCAAGAAAAAGACCGAGGUGGACGAGGAGGAGGACGAGGACAAGGACGAGGACGGACUUGUGGAUCUGGUGCGAUGUGUGCCAGAGCUGCAGAGACUACUGGGCUCUUCCAUCCACAUCCUGCAGGAUGAGGAGGAGGAGGAAGAGGCACUGACAAACACAGGGAAGCCUCGCAGCCGAUAGCCUUCCUUUAAAAUAUCGUCCUUUCACCCGAGUCCUUCCCUGCAAGCAGCAGCUGAAAGGAAACCUCUCCGUCCGGCAGAGCGAGGGUUUUAACUCCAGCGAUGACUCGACACUCCUCCUUUAACCUCAGACAGACGGUGACUAAAUGAUCACUUGGACCUGCACACGGGACGUGUCGAUGCUGGAAGCAGCUUUCAGGUUCCUAUCUAUAGGUAUAUUUGAAUACAGGAGAACUAUGAACAAACCUUUUUUAUCGAUUAAGUCUGUACAUGGUAGUGUAAAUGUAAGUCUUGCCAUCAGGGUGAACACAUUUGGUUCUAUAAAUGUAUUCUUGUGGCAAAGGAUGGAUUAAGUUUAGGUUUUUGUUUUGUUUCUGAGGGAAAGCGAUGUUUUUUUCAACGGGAGGUAAUCCGAGGCUUUUAUCUCGGGGAACUCUUGCGUGACGAUAAGACGCUUAUGUCAGGGAGGCCAGCAGCCCGGAUGGUUUCUCCGUCAACCUGGGAGACGUGGAGACCUGCAGAGAGGAGACCACCACGGCACAUAAUGAACGCACGUAGUCACCGACCAGCUCAGAGACUCAUUAACAUUUUCUCACCAUUUACUCGACGGAUCAUGACCAGACCUGAUAGCUUCUGUUUAGGAAUUCUCCUCCACAUUUCACGGAGUAAACCCAGGCAGGAAAACGCAGUCGGUGGAAGAAAUCAUGUUGUUUUGGACCUUGACCUUGAGAGCUUGUUUACAGAGCUGAACAGAUUGUAAAGUCUCCAUUUCCCAGGAUGCACUCCUCCUGAACUGAAACAGAAUCCUGUGGAUCUCUCUCAGAGGAAAAGUAGUCCCAUCCUGUGUCCAAGGAGCAGAGACGCCCUCGAAACUGCAGCCACGGCUCUCCCCUCUCCACGUCCUGAUACGGUGUUACAAAAUCCCAGAGUGCUUUGUGUUGCAGUGUUUUCUUUACACUGUUUGUUGUGCUUAAUUUAAUAGUCAUUAAUAUAUUUGAUCUCUUGUGUAUCUGACAAGCCUAUCCUUGAGAAGAAGAUGCUUUGUAUGGUUGAUGCUUCAUUUUGAAAAUGUACUUAUUAUUAGGAUCCCUUUAUCAGGAGAUUUCGCUCCCUCCUUCGAAAACAGUAUUUCAAAACAGCUAAAGUACAGUUUUAUUGUACUGGUGCUACAACAGAUUUUUGUGUUGACAAUCAAUGAUGUUUUGGUUUGAAGUCACAAACUAAUAAAAGAUAUUUAAGAUGAAGAGACUAAAGGUGUAAAGAGAAGUAUAGUUUAGCUAAAGAAAAAUGGGAAACAGCGAGACUGAGCAGUGUGUGAGGUCCUGGACACACUUUUAUUUGAUUCUUUUAUAAGAAAUCAACCAGAAUAAAG